UACAGAGUCACUUUUAGAGUUAAGAAAGUUAACAUCAGUCAAAGAAGAGGAGCUAUGAGGGAUGAAAUUUAUGCAAAUUCCGGAUUUACUGCAGACAACAGAAGAAAUUCAGACAGCAGUGGAUAUUCAUAUGAAGACAUUAAUGACAUAGAAACUCCUCAGACCAGGAAGGGCGAAAGGGACUCCGGCACAGUAACUGCAGAGAACACACAGAUUAAAAAUGCUGAUAAAGUGGAUAAAACCUCUCUCACACAUACAGCAAGUCCUCAGUACAGAGGAUGCUACAGACUGACUGCAGUGUGUCUGGGGCUGCUGUGUGUUCUCCUGCUGAUUGGGAUCACAGUGCUGUGGAUCAGUUACAGCAACCUGACCAUAGAGAAAGACCAGCUACAGACCAGCUACACCAACCUGACUAUAGAGAGAGACCAGUUAGAGAGACGAUUUCUGGAAGUGACCAAUGAAAGAGAUCAAUUGAAGACCAAUUACACCACUGUGAGUCAUCAACUCCAGAAUCAGAGAGAGUGUCUUACAACCGUCUCCAAGUUGGUGAAGGCAACACAGCAGGGUUGGAUAUUUUUCAACACCAGUCUUUACUACAUCUCUCCUGAGAAGAAGAUCUGGAGUGAGAGCAGACAGGACUGCAGAAACAGAGACGCAGACCUGGUGAUCAUAAACAGCAAAGAAGAACAGGAUUUUACUGAACGACAGAGACGAGGACAGAGAGCUUGGAUAGGUCUGACUGACAGUGAGAAAGAGGGGGUCUGGAAAUGGGUGGACGGCUCAGCACUGACCACCAAGUUCUGGAGACCCUCUGAACCCAAUGGUGCAGCAAAUGAGGCCUGCGUCAUAAUUGGUGAGGGGUCUGAUCAUGUAAACAACUGGGCUGAUUACCCCUGCAGACACACGUUUGUUGGGAUUUGUGAAAAAAGUGUUUUUAGAGGGGUUUUAGAAUAAAUGGCAACAAAUAUCAGGAAUAUCAUAUAUGUUUGGAUGAGGGGAUAUUUAUCUGAAUGAUCACCAGUAUAUGAGUGAACAGCAGCACAUUUGUAUUUAAUUCAUGAAUGUCACUCUU